AUGGCGACCGUGGACCAAAGCGAAGGCCAAGAAGAGCCGGAAAGUGAAGAGGAGGUUUACGAGGUAGUGGAUCUGACAGAGUAUGCUCGACGGCAUCAGUGGUGGAGUCGAGUAUUCGGGAGUAACUCGGGUCCCAUCGCUGAAAAGUACUCGGUGGCCACUCAGCUAAUGAUGGGAGGAAUAACUGGAUGGUGUGCUGGUUAUGUCUUGCAGAGGGUUGGGAAGGUCGCAGCAACUGCUGUCGGUGGAGGCUUCCUCCUUUUACAGAUUGCCAAUCAUAGUGGCUACGUCCAGGUGGACUGGAAGAAAGUGGAGAAGGAUGUGAACAAAGCAAAGAAACAUCUGAAGAAGAAAGCCAACAAAGCUGCCCCAGAAUUAAACACAUUCAUUGAGGAGGCUACCGAUUUUAUCAAGCGGAACAUCGUCUUGUCCAGUGGCUUUGUUGGAGGAUUUUUCCUUGGUCUGGCCUCCUAA